UCACAAAUAACGGUUUUUAGGUUAAUAUGAGGGUGGGAGUAAUAGGUGCAAUUUUGCGGCGCAUGCCGAAGCGGUUCGCUGUGGCUCUUCCAGAUGCAGAACAGAGAUUCAAAAUCCUGUCCCUAAUGCUCAAGGACACGAAAUUGGAUCCUAAUCUUUCCUUGCGCAUCCUUGCUUCUCAGACAACAGGUUUCUCUGGUUCUGAUUUGCGCGAAUUAUGCCGCAACGCUGCGAUGGUCCCAGUGAGGGAAUGUAUGCGCGCCAUGGAGCAUGAUGAAGAAGCGUUGACGAAGGUCGAGAAAGAGGGCUUCAACAUGCGUUCACUCACCCUCACCGAUUUCUACGAAGCGGAGGGAUCGACGCUCCAGCCACCCGAUCCAGAGGAUGAGCCCAUAUCAUUACAAGCAUUCGUCGACACUCAUCCAGAGCCGAGUCCACAGACAGACAAGGAUCUUGCAAGGAAGGAAUCUCUGAUUAUCGAUGAGGUUUCCGAGUACGAGAGUGAUAAUGAGUCGAGAAUACAGACCGACGACGAAUCGACGGUACUUGGCGGCGAUGAUCAAUCGACAUUAAAAGACGAGAGCAGUGACGACACAUGACACACCAUUCAUUACGCCGCAAGCUUCAUCGCCUGCAUCGAUUAUUGAGUAGCACUGAUUAUUAUCAUAUAGAGUAGACACAACUGAUCAUCUCCACUUUGAGAAAAUUGAUACGAGAGAAACAAUCAGAUUGGGUAUUGCAGGAUUACCUUCAUCAUGCAGGCUAUUGUCGCAGCACGGUAGGUAUCCUGUGUAAUCUCCUGAGAGGCCGCGCCUCCAAGCAAAGUGAGGCGGUGCCGAACGGUGUUGACUAUU